CAAAUUUUGACUUGUUUAAACAAAACACAGCCAUUUUCUUCCGGUGUUAAAGGGAUCCAUUCCCAUCGUCUCACACUAUUGGGGCAUGAAAUCCUGUUUUCCGGAGUCUAAACCCCUUCAUUUCCCGCCACAUUCCUCAUCGCCCUAAACCCUAACCUUUCCACCGUGAAGCCUGUGCUACCUCCAUUCUCGUUCCUGCACUCGAUGUCUCACCACUGAGUUCGUAGCGAUAACAAUGGCGACGGUCACUUCCAGAGACGUUCAAGAGAUCUUAGAUAAACUCUCAUCCGAUAAAGCUAAACCUCGAGAAGAAGGGAUCAAGUUGUUAAAUACUUGGUUAGAAGGGGAAAGAUCAUAUAACUUUUGCGAGUUUAUUGGAUUGAAUACUGCAAAGCUUAGAGCAAAUGAAGUUCCUCACUCUGAAACAUGGCCUUUUCUGAUUUCCUUGCUUAUUCAAUGUGUGUCAUCGGAAAUAUCCUCGAGUAAGCGGAGAAACCCAAAGAUGACAUAUGCAAAGACUCUUAGAGUUGUCGUGCAACGAGCAGAAGAUGCUAAGUAUUCAGGCAAAAUGUUACCGUUAUCAUCUGUGGUUAAACCACUUUUUAAUCAUGUUUGGGAUGUCCUGAGCAAUGUUCCAAGCUUUCAGUCAGAGUAUGGGAUUAUUCUCCGGCAUCUAUUGGCAGUUAAGGAUUAUAGUCUCCAGAUGAGGAAGCGCAUUUACUGCAGCCUAGUGAUUCUUUACAUGGAGAAAGUUGAAGCGAGCUUGAACGGGAAAAAUAUUAGUCAUUGUACCUCCAAGGAGGAGGUCUUCCGCUUUAUCUUGACACUUCAUUCACUUUUGGAUUAUCCUCCUGGAGACUACCCUGAUAAUUUAAGAGAAGACAUUGUUCAGGGGUUUGUUAGGAUCUGUUCAUUCAUCAGGGAAGACGGAAAGAUAUCACGCAAGCUUAUUGAGUGUAUUAACACAUAUUUGUUGAAUGAUGGUCCAAAUUUGGGCUUUCAGCUGUUGGAAAUUCAUAAUGCCAUUGAGCAGUUUCUAUUUCGCUGUUGGCUGACGACACAUGAUCGAGUUCUCAAGGAUUCACUCAUGUUCUAUGCAAGGAUACAGUUAAAUUUAGUCAGAGGUGCUGGUGACAAGUGUUUAUUGGUAGAACAGCUUUUGGAUGUGAUUUAUAAGGAUCUAGAUCAGGGUAGCAUGUCUAGUACUUCAAUUACACGGGGUGAUGGGCAAAAAGAUGAUAAACUUGGAGUUUUGAGCAGCUCACAAUGUGGCUUGGUGGAACUUGCAGCCGUUCUAUUUUUUAAGGCAUGCCUUAAUACAACCAAAGCGUCAUUAAGUGAAAAACGGGUUAAGAGGGAGCCUGCUGCUAUGGUCCUGAGAGAGGCACUAAUGAAAGGCAAAUGGCUAUGGAUUGCUGCAUUUUGUUAUCUCAUUCGGAACUACUAUAGUCGCAUUGGCAAAGAUCUGUGUCUCUACUGGUUUGAAGGCAUAUGUAUGAGCUUUGACAGAGUCCUUAAUACUGCAAAUGUUGAUCGGGCCUAUGAUGGUUUGUUGUGGACUCUGCGGAGUUUGCAGGAACUUUCGUCUGUUCUGUUACUUCCGAAUUCAAUGAUGGAAAUAUCGUCAAUGCCAUCUUCUACCUUGAAUGAGUUCAUCAAUGGUUGGCAACUACUUUGGAGUACUAUUGUGCACGGGUUGCCUAUUUUCAGCAAUAUAACUGCUGUUGUGGAUGCUGCACUGGUGCUUCUUGCUAAUAUAACCUCAAAUGAGUUAGUAAAUACAUGUCUUAUACCUCAAGAUGUGUGGGAUCUUCAGUUUUUCAAAAGACCAACUUCAAUACCUAUCUUGUAUUUCUUCUCAUGUUACUUUUCAAGGAAAAAUUCUCAAGCUGAUCUCCGUGAUAUUUUACAUCUGAGGAAGAACCUUUUGAGAGCAGCUUUGAAUCAUCUUGAUUUGAAGGGCUUUUCAUCAUUGAAUGAGCGGAUGGUUUUCUUCCUACCUAGUGCUAUAUAUGCACUUUGUGCAGGAUGUGUUCCUUUUACUCAAUGCUUUGAAGAACAUCCACUUCUUUACCGCUCUUUUGUCACAGAGUCUCUAGAUAACUGCCAUAAAUUUGAAGACCCUAAACACCGAUGCUUGCAUGAAUUCUUGGAUUGCUCUUUAGAAGUUCUCACAAAAAUUGACAAGGUUUCUAAAGAUGAGGUUUCCCAAUUGAAAAUUCUUCCACAUGUACGCGUUCCCCGGGAAGUAAGUGAUCAACUAUUGCGUGAAAUAGAGACCUCUUUUCUUGGAGCUUUGGAGGAAAAGGAGAAGAUCGAGAGGCAUUUACCUGAUAUUUUCUUGACAUGUUCUCUCUUGUCUAACGUAUUAUAUGGUUCUUUCUUCACAAGGAAAUUGAAUGUUUCAUUUUGUUCGAAAUUAAGCCAAUACUUGCAAGUGAUGCUUAAUAAUGCUGUCAGAAUCAUUCAAGCAGACAGGGAUCUCCAGGCUUUUAGUAGCUUAAGUUUUGAUCCUACUUGUAAUGAUACGGGGUCUCUUGCUUCUUCUGUUCAUUGUUUUCUUUCAUCCCCUAUAUUUAAUGAACGGAUUGAUCAAAGUUUGAUGGACACUGUCCCAUUAGGUGAGGUAAUCCAAGUUGUGGAGAGACUUUUGAAAGCAUUUGUUAAUCUAUAUGAAGGUUAUUCUCAAUAUGUGAUGAACCUGGAGUCUGGGACGAUCUUGAGAGAUAUAACUUCUUCUGAUAGGAUUGCGGAUAUGGAAUUGGAUGUUAAUGAUGAUUCUAGAGACGUGGAUAGUUUAGUAGUUGGGAAAACAAAUGGUACCGGUUUGUCAUCUUCUACCGAGAAUUGGAAAAUUGGCAUGAUAUCACUUAUUUCCAAUUUUUUCUCUGCUUCACAUGUUCUCACGUGGGAUAUCCUCUUCAAUCUAAUGGAGAAAGAAUAUGAUCCGAAGGUGCGUGGAAAAAUAUUAUAUCAUCUCUGUCAACAUCCUCAUUGGUCCUCUUCUGCAAAAUUUGUAGAUUUGGUAAAUGUAAUGAAUGAUAUCCUUAUAGAGCAAGUUGGACUUAAGCUAGCUUGUGGUAGUGUAUUGACAUCUGCCCAUGCUUUACUAUCUAACUUGUCUUCCUUGGAUGUCGUUGAUAAGGACAAACGUGACCUGUGUAUAAGGGAAGUGGAAACAGAACAGUGUUUUCUGUCACUAGGAAAUGUUAUGCAUAAACUUUCAGAUGUUGACUUUGAUUGGUUUGGACGAGUGAAGCUGAUUGAUUGCAUCUGUUAUCUUAUUUCACUCCAACCACAGAUUGGUCAGACAAUGAUAGAAAGAUUACUUUUGAUGCUCAAUGAUAUAGACUAUCGAGUUCGGUUAUUCCUGGCCAGGAGGAUUGGUGUUCUGUUCCAUACAUGGGAUGGUCAUGAAGAGCUUUUUCAGGACAUUUGUUUGAAUUUUGGUGUUCCAUUGGUGGUUUAUUCCAAAGGAAAAGUUGUCAAUGCAAAUGAGGUGCUAGCUGCUGGUCCUCAGCCUCAACCUUUAAUGGAAACAGUUGUGAUUACUCUGAUGCAUCUUGCAUUACAUAGUGAAAAGAUCGAGCUACAGGCUAUUUUCAUGAUAUGCGUGGUUUCUGCCAUUGAUCCUUGUCAUAGGGAGUUGGUCCAUGCUGUACUUGACAAUCUUUCUAAUGAGCUUCAGUAUAUGACUAGAACGAAGUACUUAGAGCAACUUUUGGGAUCACUUCUCUUUUGUUGGGUAGCUUGUAGUGUAAGCUUGGUUGCACUUGUUGAGACAAGGCAUAUUUUUGUCCCAGAUGCAGAACCUGGUCAAUUCCUUCUGUAUUGUUGUCCAUGGCUUCUUCCUGCUCUACUUCUUCAUGAAAGCAGUUCAGACCUUAACUGGGUUGCCAAGGUUACUUGUCAACCUUUGACAGUUCUUAUGAAAAACCACUUUUCAUCAAUAUUUUCAAUUUCUAUGGCUUUGCAUUGCACUAAGAAAGCAGGAUCGGAGAGGGGAACACGUGUGCUUCAGAGUUCCAUUCUGCAUUUUGGUCAGAUAUCUGAGAAUGAACGGGACAAACUCAUAAAGAAACAUAUGGUCUCUAUUGUCAGCUAUAUUUUAUCUUUGUGCUCUUGUUCAUCCGAGCCAGUUGUCCCUUUCUUUUCCAAGACUGCAGUGUCACUUGCAAUUCAAACAAUUGUUGACGGAUUUAUGGACUUGGAUGAUAAUUGUACAAGUGCUGCUGUUGUUGACAAGAUUAACAUUUUUCGCCCUGACAGAGUUUUUAUGUUUUUGGUAGAAAUUCAUUAUAAAAUUGCAGCUGCAUCUCAUUGCAGGCAUAGGUGCCAUAGAUUGGCAGGAAUUGAGGUGCUUAUUAGUGUUCUUGGUCAGAGAGUUGCUUUUUUAAGCACUUCGAAUUAUCUUUUCAACUUAAUUGGGCCAUUGAUUGGAUGUCUUCCUUUACAAGACCAAUGCUGUCGUAUACUUUCUGCGUUAUUGCUGUCGUUUAAAAAUAACGUAUCUGCAGAUAUCAGUAGUAUGCUUGGGGAACAGCUCCAGUUUCUGGUUUCAAAGCUGGUGGCUUGUUGCAUACCUUUGAAAACUGAAAGUUCAUGUCACAGCACUUCAUCAAAAUCUUUAGCUGUGCUCCAUAUGUUAACUGUGGAUUCUGAUCCAUCUAUGUAUGAUUAUGUCAAAGAAUUGGAGCCAUUUCCCGUAUUUCAAAUAUUUGAUGAGAUACGGAAUUUCCAUGAAGAAUUAUGCCACACUUACUCUAUACGUGACCACAUAUUGAAGUUUGUAAAGAAGUCUUGCUAUCUUCCGCCAAGACUGCUUUUGUCAAGUCUGCAGGCAUUGCACAAGAAGUUACUGAUUGGAGAAUCAUUUCAAAGAGAGGGGAGAGCGGAAAGUUAUUUUAAAGAUAGUCAUUGGCAUGGCGAUCAUGAACUUGUGCAUGCAGUCUGGACACUUGUUCAUAUUUGUGGUUCAGAUGAUGCUAGUGGCGUUAGAGAAUUGGUUUCAGAUUUCCUUUGUCGGGUUGGUGUUGGGAACCCACACAAUGUUGUAUUCCAUCUUCCUGGCAAAAGUGGUCAUAUUCGUCCAAGUAAAACUAUUGAUUUCAGCAGUGCUGCGGAAAAUAGUUCCAACGUAGACUCGUACCUAUCUGAAGAGCUUUUGGGUGUACUCAUGAAAUUACUAAUGAAGUAUCUGAUGGAUGAUUCUGUGGAAAUUGUUGAUAUGGCCUCACAAACUCUUCGUGGAUUACUUUCAACUGAAAGAGGCCAGACUUCUUUACUGUCAUUUGAUUCUUAUCAGAGGUCCCUUAUUGAGGUGCAUUCCAAAGGUCUUAAUAUUGAAUUUGUGGAAAAUUUCCUUUUGGACCUGGAUAGGAAGUCAAAAGUUGAGGCAAUUUCAUUAGAGAAAUCUGCUGUGUGGGUGACAGACAGCAAAUCUUUUGAGACGUGGAUUUGUCCUUUGGUGUAUUCACUUAUUGUCUACUGCAAUGAUGUGAUACUAAGAUUAUGUCAAGAUAUGGUGUUGUGUAAAGCUGAAGCUGCUGAGCUUCUUUUGCCAAGUAUUUUUGUCAAUAUCGCCGCAAGGAAGGAUCUGGAGAUUGAUCUUCACAAAUUAAUCUCUGUGCAGUUGAAGGAGCAUAUAUUUACAGAGUCGAAUAAGUUGAUCAAAUCGAUUCAAGUGAUAUUAAAUUGCCUUAAUGAACUGCGUGUUUGUCAUGUCACAGAAAGAUCUUCACUUGUGCCAUCAAAGCAUGAAAUAUCCAAGAAUUCAAGACCUUCAAGUUAUAGCUCAAAGACAAAAACCCGGUCCACUCCUGCAAAAGCAAGGCAUUCUGCAGUUGUUUCAAGUGCCUUGGAAAAGUCACCAUCUUCAUGGGAUAAAGUUUAUUGGCUUUCCAUUGAUUAUCUCCUUGUCGCCAAGUCAGCAGUUAGUUGUGGAUCAUAUUUUACUUCAAUGAUGUAUGUGGAACAUUGGUGUGAAGAGCAAUUUAAAACUAUGACAACUGGAGGUCCUGAUUUCUCCCAUAACGAAAUAUUGCCUGAUCAUAUUGAAAUACUAGUUUCGGCAGUCACUAGAAUCAAUGAACCUGAUAGCUUAUACGGAAUCCUUCAGUCUCAUAAGUUGACUUCUCAAAUCACCAUGCUUGAGCAUGAAGGAAACUGGGGAAAGGCUCUCGAGUUUUAUGACUUGCAAGUGCAAUCAGGUGUCUCAUUACGGAAGGUUGACAGUUCGAGAAGUUUGUCAUUGGAGCAAACUAGACCACUGAAUUCUACAUCUUUCACCUCAGAGGUAGAUUGGGUAAGACAGAGUAGACCUUACAAAGGGCUGAUAAGAUCAUUGCAGCAGAUUGGCUGCACACAUGCGCUCGAUAUGUAUUGUGAAGGGUUGACAUCAAACAAUAAAGAGCUUCGGCAUGAUAGAGAGUUUGCUGAAUUGCAAUAUGAGUCUGCCUGGCGUGCUGGGAACUGGGAUUUUUCUUUACCAUGCGCAGGGGCUAGUUUUCCUUCAACUCAAAAUAUCAAAUAUCUCAAUUUCAAUGAAAAUUUGCACAGUUGCUUAAAGGCACUCCAGGAAGGUGAUUUGGGAGAUUUUGAAAGAAAACUGAGUGAUUCAAAGCAGGAGCUUGUGUGGUCAGCUUCUCAUGCAAGUGAAGAGAGCACCGAGUACAUUUACUUGACUAUCAUCAAGCUCCAGAUGCUUCAUCAUCUUGGUAUGGCUUGGAAUUUACGCUGGAGAACUGGUAAAGAUAAGAACAUCAAAUUCUCUCUCCAGAAGCGAAAUGUAUCUCUUGAGACUGUGAUUCCUUCCUUUGAACAGCUGUCAUGGCUGGAUAUGGAAUGGUGCUCAAUUUUGCAACGGACACAAUUACAUAUGAAUUUGUUAGAACCGUUUAUAGCAUUUCGACGAGUUCUACUUCAAAUUUUAAGUUGUAGAGAUUGUGUAUUGCAACACCUUCUGCAGUCUGCCUCCACACUUCGCAAGGGAUCUAGGUUCUCUCAAGCUGCUGGUGCAUUGCAUGAGUUUAAGUUCCUUUCUGUUGAGACCAAAGGGCAGUGCUCAUCUUUAUAUUGGCUAGGAAGGCUUGAAGAAGCAAAGCUUUUCCGUGCCCAAGGUCAAAAUGAGAUGGCUAUCAACCUUGCAAUGUACAUAUCACAAAAUUAUCAGUCUACCAAGGAGGCUUCGGAUGUACAUCGGUUGGUUGGAAAGUGGCUUGCAGAAACCAGAUCUAGCAACUCAAGAACAAUUUUGGAAAAGUAUUUGAAACCUGCAGUCACUAUUGCUGAGGAUGUGAACACUACAGAUAAGAAGACCAUGGAAAGAAAAUGUCAGACUCAUUUUCAUCUGGCGCACUAUUCUGAUGCUCUAUUUAGGAGCCAUGAAGAAAGGCUUACCUCUAAUGAGUGGCAAGCAGCAAUGCGUUUAAGAAAGCAUAAGACAGUAGAGUUGGAAGCACUAAUUAAAAGGCUAAGGAGUUCAACAAAGGGGGAGAAAACUGACUACACGAUGAAAAUCCAAGAACUGCAAAAGCAAGUUGCAAUGGAUAAGGAAGAAGCUGAGAAAUUACAGGAUGACCGAGACAAUUUUUUUAGUCUGGCAUUGGAGGGAUACAAGCGUUGUUUAGUCAUCGGUGACAAGUAUGAUGUGAGAGUGGUUUUUCGAAUUGUUUCCUUGUGGUUCAGUCUUUCUACACGAAAACAUGUUGUAAGUAGCAUGCUUACCGCAAUUGAUGAGGUUCAAUCCUUCAAAUUUAUACCUCUAGUGUACCAAAUUGCUUCCAGAAUGGGUAGCUCGAAGGAUGGUCAAGGACCUCAUAAUUUCCAGUUUGCUUUGGUUUCUCUUGUGAAGAAAAUGGCAAUUGAUCAUCCAUAUCAUACAAUACUUCAACUUCUGGCUUUGGCAAAUGGUGACCGGAUCAAGGAUAAACAGCGUAGUAGAAGUUCAUUUGUGGUUGAUAUGGACAAAAAACUUGCAGCUGAAAACCUUCUGAAUGAGUUGUCAUCUUAUCAUGGAGCUAUCAUAGGACAAAUGAAGCAAAUGGUGGAGAUUUAUAUCAAGCUUGCUGAGAUGGAAACAAAGAGAGAGGAUACCAAUAGAAGGGUGACACUGCCAAGGGAUUUACGUAAUCUCCCUGUGCUAGAACUUGUACCUGUAGUGACAGCAACCAUUUCAAUUGAUCGUAGUUGUCAAUAUCAAGAAGGCACAUUUCCUUACUUCAAAGGAUUAGCAGAUUCCGUGAUGAUAAUGAAUGGUAUAAAUGCUCCGAAAGUGGUUGAAUGCUUGGGUUCUGAUGGCUGUAGAUAUCGACAACUUGCAAAAUCUGGAAAUGAUGACCUAAGACAGGAUGCUGUAAUGGAACAAUUCUUUGAUUUAGUUAACACAUUCCUGAGGAACCACCGAGAUACAUGGAGAAGGAGGCUAGGAAUACGGACCUACAAGGUAGUUCCUUUUACUCCAAGUGCUGGUGUUCUUGAGUGGGUUAAUGGCACUCUUCCUCUUGGUGAAUAUCUUAUAGGCAGCAUGAGAAAUGGAGGAGCUCAUGGUCGCUACGGAGUUGGGGAUUGGUCAUUCCUUAAAUGUCGAGAGCACAUGGCAAAUGAAAGGGACAAGCGCAAAGCAUUCCAGGAAGUUUGCGGAAAUUUCAGGCCUGUUAUGCAUUACUUUUUCUUGGAGAGGUUUUCACAGCCAGCUGAGUGGUUUGAAAAGAGACUUGCUUAUACCCGAAGUGUUGCUGCUAGUUCCAUGGUUGGUUAUAUCGUUGGCCUUGGAGAUCGACAUUCGAUGAAUAUUCUAAUUGAUCAGGCCACUGCAGAGGUUGUUCACAUCGAUCUUGGUGUUGCUUUUGAACAAGGUUUGAUGCUCAAGACCCCAGAACGGGUUCCAUUUAGGCUUACAAGAGACUUAAUUGAUGGAAUGGGCGUGACUGGAGUAGAGGGGGUAUUCCGAAGAUGUUGUGAGGAGACGCUCUCUGUUAUGCGAACAAAUAAAGAGGCAUUACUGACGAUUGUGGAAGUUUUCAUCCACGAUCCUCUUUAUAAAUGGGCUUUGUCUCCUCUGAAAGCUUUACAGCGUCAAAAGGAAAUGGAUGUUGAUUUGGAUACUGGUUCGGAGGAACCUCAAAAUAAUUACGAAGGAAAUAAGGAUGCUACACGUGCACUUCUGCGAGUAAAGCAAAAGCUAGAUGGGUAUGAAGACGGAGAACUGCGAAGCAUCCAUGGGCAGGUGCAACAACUCAUCCAAGAUGCAAUCGAUUCCGAGCGAUUGUGCCAAAUGUUUCCGGGUUGGGGAGCUUGGUUAUAAUGAGCUAGAUCCCUUGAUCGAUCUACACCUAAAAAAUAUGCAAAUUUUCUAUGCAAGAUGCAAAUGGUUCCCGCGCGAUUUUGCUUAUUUGUUGUACAGCUUGACACUAGGAUUCUGUAUAGGCGGCUUGUCUAUUCAUCGGUUUUUGUUUUCAUCACUUUCACUAUUUUAUUUUAUUUUUUGCUUGUAAUUUACCUUUAUUGGGUAAAAUGGUUGUCCAAUGUGGUGGCUUAUAGGGUGCAAGUGCACCUUAGGUCUUGCACCAUGCAAAGAGUAAAAAUGGCACACAAUAGUAAGUUUAGCGACCUGCUAAUAAAAGUGAAAUUACAAAAAUACCCUUUGGUUAAAAGAAAGACACAA